AAGGAGGCGACGGGGAGGGAGCGAGCGAGCGAGCGAGCGAGCGGGUGCCGCGGCUCUCCUUUUCUUCGUUCCCUUCAAUUGUUUUUGGGAGAGGGAUGCAAAAUAAGGAGGGGGGGGUUCCAGCCAUCCUCCGCACAGAGGUCCUUCCUUUCCUUUCGAUUACCUUGUUAGUCCAGCCUUUGGGGAUGGAGACGGACAACGGCGUCUGUGGAACAUCUGUCAGGCAGCUGGCAAGAUAGAAUGUCCGCCGGGAACAAUAGCUGCCUUCUCUCCGUUGCCCACCGCGCCAGCUCUUCUGCUUUCGCUUAAAGACCUUGGUUGGGGCCAAGGAAAGGAAAUAGUGUGGCAACAGAGCAUAUGAAAUGGUGGUAGGAUGCACCGGUGUGUGGAACUGGGUCCGAACACAAAUGCUGUGGAUGAUAUGUUAGAUAUGGAAAAUAAGCACAUGGCAGAAAACCUGGCCACUAAAGUCACCCGUCUAAAAUCGCUUGCGUUGGACAUUGACAAAGAUGCUGAGGAUCAAAACCAGUACCUUGAUAACAUGGACUCUGAUUUUAUGAGCGUGACAGGCCUUCUGACAGGAAGCGUGAAGCGUUUCUCUGCUAUGACUCGGUCAGGAAGGGACAAUCACAAGCUGCUCUGUUAUGUCUCUGGUGGACUGAUUCUUGUCUUCUUCAUCCUCUAUUAUUUGGUGACAAGAGCACGAACUUGAGGGAGAGUAUUAAAGUUUUGUACUGGAUGUUUGUUGAAGGAAAAAAAAUGGUAAUGGAAAAAAGGAGCUUUGGAUGACCUUCAGGUGUGUAUCUUGGGAAGGAUUAUUUAAAUUUUCACAGUGACCCAGAGGCUCCUUUAUGGACUACAGUAUGAUCUCUCCAUUCUGAACUCAUCUCUUUGCUUUAAAGGGGAUAUAAUUCUGUCCCUCUCUACUUGAAAAUUUAAACGCAGCACAAUUCACUGAAAUGAAGUCUCUCUCCCCCCGCCCUUAUAUAAGCUUGUUCUCUUUACUGGGUGAAAGAGGAAGCAUACUGUGAUGUUGCUUUCUACAGUUUGUAGUUCAGCAGGAAAAUCCUGACAAUGUUUAGUAAAGAUGCUCUAAUAUCUAUUUUAAUGGGGAAAAAGUGUCACUUGAAAGCCUAAUGUUAGGAUACGUGCAUUUCUGAGAAGUGCUCUCACUCUCAUAUAGGAAUGUCUUUUAGAACAAAAUUGCUUUAUCUCGGUUUUUGGAUAAACCAGCAGCUAUAACCACCCUAACAAUAAUCUUUGCUUGUUAACUCUCAAGGAGGUGUAUGGAAGAACAGAGUUGGAUUUAAAGCACUUACAAUAUAUGGAAACCUUGCACAUACUUACAUUAUUUCUGCUUUUUUCCCCCUUUCCAUUCUAGCUAGUCCCUUAACUAAAUAAUUUGUCAGUUUUGAGUUGGACUAACCAUAUAGUAAGUUAAUGCAUCUUCAUUUUUUUAAACUUUGUCCAAAUCAAUCUUGUAGUUCUUUUUUAAUUGAUGUGUUGGUUCUAGAUUAAAAGUUCAAUUUUACGCAUGUUUUUCUGGAUUGCAUUCUGUUGAAUUCAGUAAGGUUUACUUCUGAGUAGACAUGCAUAGGAUUGCACUAUAAUUCUAGAGGUGCUUGACCACUAGGGAUUGCUUAGUGAUUCUCAUCUCGCUGGAAUCAGUAACAUUUUCCUUCUGAUGUUUAUUAGCAAAGCAUUAGCAGCAUUUAAGCUAAGAUGAUAUGUACAAUUAAUAGUGCAAUCCUGUAUUUGUCUACUGAAAAGAACUCCAGAUUUAUAACCCAAGAUUUUUAUAUCAUAUCUGAUUUAUUAACACUUCUGGUUUCCUAAAUAUAGUUUGCCAUCAUAUGUUGUUCCACAGUGAAAAAAAGAAUAGAAGGAACAAAGCAUCCAGUGCUGAUCCAUUUUGGAUCUUCCUGUAAUUGAUAUACCUGGGACAGCCUUUCACUUGAAGCAAGUGAAUAUUCUGUUGUGGGUGAAUCUCAUUUGUCAUUUAUUAUAUCUCACAAUUGAAAUAGUGAGAUUGCAAUUCUCACGUUGCAUAUAAAUUUGAAAAUAAAGUAAGUUUAAGCAUUUGACAGCAUUCCCAAUUUUCUGCAAGUACAUCUAUCCAAAGCAUACAUUCUAAUGCCUUUCUUAGGCUCUUUUCCUACUAAUGGCUUACCGUGUUAAUAUAGAUGGACAAUUUCCAGUUCUUAAAAAAAAAAAUGUUUCUGUGCUUCACUUGGUUAUGCCUUAUAUUUUUCAGUGUGCAUUAUAAAAACAGAAUUAAGUUCCAUUGAA